AUGGAUCGAGUCGUACAGGGAUUAGACUUCGUCUACGCUUAUAUUGACGAUGUACCUAUCGCCGGUCGGUCCGAAGAAGAGCAUGUUCUUCACUUGAAGCAAGUUUUUGAAAGAUUUCAGCAAUAUGGUAUAGUCAUCAAUAGUAAACAUGAAUCAGAUUGGCAGCAUGGUUGUUUUGAUAAAAUACGCAGAACGCUGAGCUUUCCAACACGUCAAGCCGCCCAGCAAGCUAAAUAUGUGGCUCACAUUGAUGAGACACUAGGGGAUAGGGCGGAGGGCGAUCGUAUCCAGGAUAAGGAGGCGGUGUACUCGAUUGGCGCUGGUAUUCAAAGAAUAUUAGCCAUAAGGUCGCGAGAUAGUUCACGACGACGACAAUGUGAAAGUGAGGGAGAUGAGACGGAAGUGCAACUGCAGGAUUGCAAGAUCUAA